CUUAACAGUUUGUCGAAGUCUUCGCAUCCGAACCAUGUCCGAUAGACACUGCUGGUUAGUGUUGGCUCCUAGUGCAAUGUGUUUUGUAGCAUGAGCGUAUCGGUGCUGGUAUCGUCUUUAGUGGUGUUAUUUUGCGUACAGUGUUUAAUCGAACAUAUUGAUGGAGCAAUGACCAUGAAACAGCUAACCAACUCGAUGGAUAUGAUGCGGCAAGCGUGUGCUCCAAAAUUCAAAGUUGAGGAAGCGGAGCUACACGGUUUAAGGAAAUCGAUUUUUCCUGCCAACCCAGAUAAAGAGCUCAAGUGUUAUGCUAUGUGUAUUGCACAAAUGGCAGGAACUAUGACGAAGAAGGGUGAAAUCAGCUUUUCGAAAACGAUGGCUCAAAUCGAAGCGAUGCUACCGCCCGAAAUGAAGACUAUGGCAAAGGAAGCGUUAACCCAUUGUAAAGACACACAAACCUCAUACAAGGACCCGUGCGAUAAGGCUUACUUUUCAGCUAAAUGUGCCGCCGAUUUUACCCCCGACACCUUCAUGUUCCCAUGAUGAAUGAACCCGAUAAUUGAUGAUCUGCGCCCAAAGGAAUAUAUAAUGAGUGCUAUCUACUGUUGAAACUAUCCGUAUCCUUCCCUUAUUAGAGAAUGUUUCGAUGAAGAUGUUUACUGUUUGUGUGUUUAGUUUGUGCACCAAUCACGGUUUGGAAUUACUUUAUAGGUAGUAGAUUAAACAAUAAAGCUUUAUUCAUUAAGAA